CGCUGUCCGCCACCCACCCGCCCUUUCUAGUUUGUUCAAGCCCUCUUCGCUUCAGAACAAACUCCAUCUCUUUUCUGUUAUCGUUACAGAUCUUCAACUCCCCUAGAUCUCUCCGCGACAACACCCCUCCCGUUCUUCUCCACACCGUUCAUCUUGUCUUUGACGCCUGAACAACACAACCAAGCUUUUCCUGCCCACCUGUGCAUGUUCAUUUUUGACAACCCUAUUUUUCCUUAUACUGACAAUCCUCCCGAUCCAAGUACUUUUUUAACUGUUAACCCGUCGUCCGAGCCGACUUUUUUUAAUCCUUUUAUUCCUAUUCAACCCACUCAAACCGUUCACCCCUCACCCGAACUCAGCCAUGUCUUCCCUUUCGAUCAUCCACCCUCGUCCAAGGAUUGGACGCAAGCAGCCGCCAUCUCCGAUGGCCCUGUGUUGUCCCAGCUGCCUUUAAGUCUGGAUGAUCUGGAGUGGUUUCCCACCCCCAGCUCAUCCAAGGCUGCCCCUGCCUACUCUGCCUCCGAUUCCCCUGUGCCUGCAACCUUGCACCGAAGCGACGAUGCCUCUGGCUUUGACCAACUGUCGCUCGUUGAUGAGGUUUGCGCCUCUGCCUUCAAUACGCCGUUUGCACCUUAUCUUGACACGCCGAACCAAACCCCCGAUCAGACCCCCCUGUUUGACUGUGUGGCCUCUGAAGAUUUUGACACGACCAGCCUUGAGCAACUCUGGACUGCCGCCUCCUCCAAUGUCGAUGCCGCCUCCUCCACUGCUGUCCAGGGCUUGGACUUGAACAUGGACUAUGGCCUGACCUCGCCUCCAUCCCCAGCCUCGACAUCCCUGUCUGGCCAGAAUGGAGCCGUGUCGGCCCAGGAUCCUACUCUGUCCAGUGCCUAUCUUCAAGCCGAAACUGCCUUGCUCGACUUUGUUCUCUUUGACGAUAUCGCUCUUCAGAGCCCUAUCUUGACCCUUUCGACCCCUGUGACCACCUCAUUUUCCUCGCCAGCUUCUGUCGAUCUGAAGGCAUGUUCGCAGCUCUAUUCUUCUUUGCAUCGAUUUGUUCAUAGAAUGCUCUUCCAAGGCGGCUAACCUGUCCGAUUGAUUUGUAUUUUGAAUGAUUGAAUGAUUGAAUGAUGAUAGUUCAAAGAGG